AGCUGGAGUUCUGUUUUUUAUUAUUAUUAUUUCUCGAAGGGAACUAAACUACAUUUUUGGGAUGCGUGAGCGGUUAUUGUCCCGUUUAUGGACAGGGUGUGUUUAGUUCAUCCCGUCUUCUCGGGUCAUUAUGCCUGAACUGAAAUCUUUAAACGAGGGGAAAAGAUUGUUGUACGAGGAGCGCGCGCGCGCGUAAUAACGACUUAAGUUACUUGUACUGGAGCACAAUAUCUCUGGGAGCUUGUCUGAAGUGCUUGUUUUUUCUUUCCCGAUUUGGAAGACAAGUUAAAAGGAUGUUUUCUUGCUUCACGACUAGCACGACCAGCGUCCACCUCCUCCUUCUCCUCCUGACUGCUGGUUGGUGUGAGAAGUUGCCUCGUAAAAUGGUGAAGUCCACACCAAUACAGGUGGACAAGAGCUAUGGGAAGCUCUACAAAUACAAUCAGUGUCACGACAUGCUUAGACACCUUCAAUAUGGGGAGCAGAUCAGUGUGCACAUGCCUCCUGAUAUUGCUGGACACUGGGUGUCUGAAAGCUGUGAGGUGAGACCUGGACCUGAAUUCCUGACUCGAUCCUACCACUUCUUUCCGAACCACACCUUCCAGGCCCUUCAGUUCUAUUAUAGGGACAACCACUGCACAAAGCCAGGCUACACUCUCCUCAUCGAAGGCAGCCUGCACCCCCUUCAGUCAUCCUGGCUCGUCCGUGGAGGCACAGAGUCGGACUACCAACUGAGUCGAGUGCUUCUGAUGAUCCACAGCCUGCCAGUAGCCAAAGAUCUGCAGGUGAAACUGGAGAAGUCCUGCGAACUGACAGCGCAUCUGGAGCCACAGCUCAGCUACGAGCUGUGGGUAGAGGGCUCUGAUCGUGACUGCACCCACGGCUUAGACUUCAGCAUGCAGGAGCUGCAGCUGCUACGCAUGGAGAGGCGCUUUGAGCCCAGCGCGCCUGAGAGACAAGCGGAGGAGUUGUUUGUGGGGGACGUGCACACAGAGCGCACUCAGAGGCGAAACCACAGGCCCACAGGCUACCAGCCCCCCUUGCAGAAUGUCAAGACUUAUGAUAAUAGCUGUGUUACGUGUCAGAUCAUCUCUGUGGCAGAGUUUUAUCAUCCACCAGUUCUGCCAUCUCAGACUGAUCGCCCCCUGCAUCUCUUCGGUAACUGGGUCAGUAAGCGCUGUGAAGUCCGCCCAGGGACGCUCUUCCUCACCCGUCAUUUUGUCUUCCACAAGGAGAGCAACAUUUGGGAGGGCCACUAUUACCACUACUCCGACCCAAUCUGCAGGCAUCCCACAUUCAGCAUCUCCGCCAAAGGACACUACACCCCAGGCAUUGCCUCCACUACAGUCAUGGGAGGCACCGAAUACACUUUCACAGUGACACAGAUGAAGGUCACGCCCAUGGAUGUGGCCACUACAUCUCUCCUGAACAUCUUCAGUGGGAAUGAAUGUGGAAAUCAGGGCUCCUGGAAGCUGGGGGUCCAACAGGAUGUGACUCCAACAUCAGGGUGUGCAGCCCUGGGGAUCCAUCUGCCUCACACUGAAUACGAGCUCUUCUACAUGGGACGAGAUUCAGCUGGAUAUCGCCUCCUAUUUAAUGGACAGAGACCCACAAACGGCUCAAGCCCUGACCAGCCUCACAAGCGCGCCACAUCUUACCAACCGCCGCUGAUCCACUGCAGCACCAGUCAGAAAGGCAUUGGAAAGGAAGGAGAUCAUCACUUCAGGCUUGGGAAUGGAUGCAGCACACAGUCCCAGUACCUGCUAUAUACCUUUAUUUUGGUCUUGCUUUUCUUUUCAACCAUUUAAACAAGUGUUUACAUAAUGAAUCCCAUUCCAAUCAUCACAGGAAAAUAAUUAUAAUUUUAAAAAAAAAGGGUGGAGAUACUGUCCUAUUACAGAUCCCAACCUCUUUAAAUCAUGGGACUUGCAUUAACUAGCUGUCGAGUAUGUUGCGGAACUGCUUCAGCAAACUUUUUGUAAAUGCUGAUGAAAAAAAGUGCGUGGUGUUUAUCACUAUCUUUUAAGUGGAUUGUACAUUUUUAAAUUAGAUAAUCUCAAACAUCAAAUAUUUAUGAAGCUGGUCACAAGGAAAGCAUGCAUGUUAAACAGUGUAACUGUAAAAUUUGUUGACAUUUAUCGUCCACUGCACGCACUGUAUUAAACAGAUCAAGUUUCAAUUAAAUUGUACAAAGUAGUGUGUAAAAAGAUGUCAAGCAUACACUGAAACAACAAUG